UAUACUUUUAAAGUUUUACCAUGGUAUCAAAGAUGUGAAUGUUACUAGUAAAGCUUGACUAUUAGGUGGAAAAUUUGAGUAAUUCGGCCGUCAGAACGCACUUAUUUGAUCUUUUCUCUGAUGGCAUUGCAUGCUUUACUAGAAAAAAACGAUUAUUCAAACGUUUCUAACAAUCAUCUUGUCAAUAUUGGAUUGCGACGGUCUUGUAGAGGCAUUAUUUAUCUGUUAAACAAUAUUAAAAAUUAGUGAGAAUGCACAAAAUGCUGUUUUUUUAACUGUAUAAAUACCAGCACUACUUCAUACUUGUGUCUUGAACUUUCUUCACCUUCAACAUCAAACACAAAUCAAUGGCAAGUAUCAAGGUUUUCGGACACGCUACUACCACUUCCACCAGGAGAGUCCUCCUCACUCUACACGAGAAAAACCUCGACUAUGAGCUCGUCAAUGUCGAGCUAAAGGACGGUGAGCACAAGAAAGAGCCUUUCCUCUCCCGCAACCCUUUUGGUCAAGUUCCAGCCUUUGAAGAUGGAGACCUCAAGCUCUUUGAAUCAAGAGCGAUUACUCAGUACAUAGCUCACCGAUACGAAGGCCAAGGAACCAACCUUCUCCCAGCAGACUCCAAGAACAUAGCCCACUAUGCAACAAUGUCCAUUGGAACGGAAGUAGAAGCUCACCAGUUCGACCCAGCAGCUAAAGCUGAAGAAGAGGCCAAGUUAGCCAGGGUCCUUGAUGUCUACGAGGCUAGGCUCAAGGAGUUCAAGUAUUUGGCUGGUGAAACUUUUACUUUGACAGAUCUUCACCACAUUCCUGUGAUUCAAUACUUGCUUGGAACUCCCACCAAGAAGCUCUUCACCGAGCGUCCACGUGUCAACGAGUGGGUGGCAGAGAUCACCAAGAGGCCAGCUUCCCAGAAGAUCCUUCAGUGAGAAA